AUGAAGUGCAUUAUUUUGACGGUCGUUCCUCUCCUCGGAGGUUUUCUCUUUCCUGUUACUUCUGCCAUUCCUGUUGGAGGUGAAUUUCUGCUUGAAAGAGAUCAGAACACACAGGAGGACUGGAUUGCUCCGUCUAUCGUCAGUUUCGAUUUUACCAACGCCGAACACAAUGGUGAUGACAAACGCUCUUUUUUGGACUCGCGUGACUCCUCAACUACUCUUUCCGGGUUAGCAGGUUGUCUUCAGCAAGACGUUCCUGGCUGGCCGAAAAAGCAGCCGUCUAAGGAGCAAUUCAACAUUCGUUUAAAGCAAUCAGGCUUAGGUGUGUCCUCGAAGCGCAGCGAUCCAACAUCUGCUCAGGCACCGUCAAAGGACGGUAAUACUCUGAGUGGGGUCUACCAGACAGCUAAUGUGGUCCUAUCGAACUUCCUCACGGGUGAUGAUAUGAAAAAAUUGGCACCUGGAAUAUGUGAUAAAAUAGUCACACUUGCAGCAGGAAUUGUGAACAAAGAUGCAGGGGCAAUCUCAUCAGCCUUGACACUCCAGGGUGGGCAUAAGAAAGGUCUCUCAAUCGUACACAAGGGCCGCAUGCUACAAGUGGUUGGUACAGUGGCUAAUCUUGGUGGUAUCAAUACCAAGUCCACGCUGGUCGAUCUAUGUGUGGAUGCGAUCAGAUACCAGGCAGAGACAUGCACAGCUGAGCUGAAGUAUGGAUCUUUUGAACACCAGAUCGACCAUGUCGCGAAGGCAUCUACCUCGACCUGGAGAGAUGCCAGUGGCGCUGCACAGGCUAUCUUUGACUUUGGCUUUGCUAUGCCUGGGACUUUAAACUGA